GGAAGUAGUAGGAUUCUGAAGCGUGGCGAAGGUGCCAUCCUGAUGGGGACAACUUUGCAGCAGCAAUUCUAAGCUACGGAUAUUUUCUCCAGCAGCCAUUCCUCCUGGAUUAAUUUCCCUGGUCAUUUUAAAAGAUCUAGUUUGCAUAAUAAUAAUAAUAAUAACAACAACAACAACACAGUCCCACUUUUCCUAGUCUUAUUUUUGCAUCACCCAGCAAUGAGGGUCUCUGCUUUGCUGCUGGUGCUGCCUUUGCUGCUUUUGGGGGUCUCUCAGGUGGCCUCCCACUGCCCUUCCACCUGCCGUUGCCCCCCAGGCCUGCUUCAAUGCCCCCCCGGGGUCAGUUUAGUGCUGGAUGCCUGCGGCUGCUGCCAAGUCUGUGCCCGGCAGCUCAACGAGGAUUGUGACAAGCUCUCGCCCUGCGAUCCCCACAAGGGCCUGGAGUGCAACUUUGGGGCCGACCCUUUGGCUAACCGGGGCAUCUGUUGGGCAAAGCAUGAAGGCCGAACUUGUGAAUAUAAUGGCCGAAUCUACCAGAAUGGGGAGAAUUUUCAGCCCAGCUGCAAACACCAGUGCACUUGCAUUGAUGGGGCUGUGGGCUGUCAACCGCUCUGCCCACUAGAGCUGCAUCUGGUCUCCCUUGGCUGCCCCAGCCCCCGGCUCCUGAAGGUACCUGGCCAGUGCUGCAAGAAAUUUGUGUGCAGCAAAGGGCCCAAGAAGUACGGAGGGGUCACUUUUGAGUACAUUGCAAAUGGAGAAGCCAAUGGCAAUGAGCUCAUCUACGUGGGCAAAGGUGGGCACUGGAAGAAUCUGCCAGCAUGGAGGCCACGCUUCCAGGGUCAGGUUGCUAAACAGCAGCACAAAUGCUUGGCUCAGACCUCCAGCUGGUCACCAUGCUCCAAGACCUGUGGCUUUGGCAUCUCUACCCGUGUCACCAGCGACAACCCUCAGUGCAAACUGGUCAAAGAGACCCGACUCUGUCAGAUCAGGCCCUGUGGCCAACCUGAUUUCACAAAGCUAAAGAAAGGCAAGAAGUGCCUGAGGACACACAAGGUACAGGAGCCAGUGAGGUUCACCUAUGCCGGGUGUAAGAGCCCACGCCGUUUCCAGCCCAGUUUCUGUGGGGCCUGCCUAGAUGGGCGCUGCUGUGUGCCCUUGCGCACUCGCACGCUGAGUGUGCCCUUCCAUUGCCCUGAUGGCAGCUCAUUUUCCAAGAACAUCAUGAUGAUCCACAGUUGCCAGUGUGGCCCAGCUCACUGCCCACUUCUCAAUGAAGCUGCCAUGGGCCCUCAGUACCAACUCAAUGGAGACAUUCACAAGUUUUUAGAGUAAGGGAGCUGCCUGCUGCCGCUGCUGCUUCUGCUGUUGCCGCUCACUGCUGGUGGCUCUGGACCCAAGUUGAUAUUUCAAAUGACUUUGGGACAUUCCUGUAGUCCCUCUGCUUGAUCUGUUUGGGAACCAGGAUGUUGUGUACCUGCCCUGCUCUCAUGAAUACCAUGACAACUAAAAUUCUGAAGGCAACAUGGAUUUUGGAGGCAUACCAAUUUCUCCAUAUUGCAGGAGCAGGGAUUACAUUGUGCCAUUUUAGGAGCUUGGAUAUUCUGCCAUUUUGAGGAACAGAUGUCACAGCACUGGGCUCCAUCUCUCCAUUCAGUCUAGCCAGGCUCAGGCUGGACCUGAGCCUCAGAUGAUCAGAGUGAGGGUCAGAGAAAGAACCCCCCUCCCCAACCACCCCAUAUCAAACAAAUUUCCAAUUGUUUUUGGCUACUGUGCUAGGAGGAAGCAAGAAGCAUGACCCCUCAUCCUAAUGUGUUACAGGACCUCUGGUAGGAUUUCUGGUUCAGGUUGCCACUUUCUAAGAUGGAUCCCGCCGACAUCCUCCUCUAGGUUCUGGUGUUGGGAAGAGCAAAGGAGAACCCAAACUACAGCUACAUCGGAAUGCGGGGCUUGGGUCUGCAAGAGGUGUCUCCAAAAGAACAAUGCAUGUAGUUUCAUUCAGAUCAGCAUCUGGAAAUACAGCCCCAUGAAUAUGGAGUGAAUCAGAGCUCUGGCACAAAGCUGAAAUUCAUGGUUUUGGUUUUUUACUCUGUAGAUUUUCUGAGGAAGUGGCCAAACAAGCAAAAGUCAACCAGGAUCUGUUUCCCACUAAACUCCUACUGCCUGCC